AUGGAUCAAUUUAAGCGUGUAUUUCUUUUAAUGGUGAUACAUGGUUUUAUACUGUGUAAACUGAACAGUGUUUUUACUCACACUGACCAAUCGUCAUUAUUUUAUGCAUUGCUUGGAACGAUAAAUGUUUUAGGUAAAGUGGUUGUCUUCUUCACCUUAGACUAUCUGAAAAACGAUGAGUUCAUGAACGACAACGUUUCAUAG